AUGGCCACUCCUCGCCGUCGCUCAGCUCGAUUGAGCAAGGCAGCCCAGCAACAGCAUGCUUCUCCUCGCAAGAUGAUCUCCUCGGUGCAGCUCGAGUCCCUAGUAGAAAGAGAUGAAACUCCAGAUGUCGGCGAGCCCCAGUCUAUCGACAAUGUGCUUGCAACCCCGACGUCUUCAUCGAUGAUCAAGUCACAGCUUUCGAAGUUGUCUGGUCUUAAGACUCCUAGAACCGAACCACAGGCCGAUCGCGGCGAAAUGCACCCUCAUCUCGUUCACCAAACCACCACCAAAGCUCCGGAUUCUGGUCUCAAGCUGGGAUUUGUCGACGUGCCGGCCCAUCCUCCUCGGUCCAUCGCAAGUGCUCAGAACACUCCGUCCAAGGCGCGUAUGAAUACACCGGCAGGCUUGUCCUCUACCAACUUCGACUUCAACUUUGGCUCUGAAUCCCAGUUGAGCAGUGAGGCACAAAAGCUCAUGCACAAUGUUCGAGAAGACGUGGCAAGGAUCAAGGCUCAGAUGCAGGUGGAGAGGGAAGCACAAAAGCAGAAGGAUUCAGAGGCAGAAGGAAUAUUUGGCGGCGUAAACGCUACUGGGAGGAAGAUCGCGAAACCCAGGGGCAAAGCAGGAAGAUUCAGCGAUGUCCAUAUGGCUCAAUUCAAGAAGAUGGACUCGAUAGCCAAUCAUCCAUCCGCUUUCCGAGGGAGGCCAGGCUUUGCUCAGCCUACUACUCAAUCACUAAAGAGAAGUGGCUCCAAGGCUGGCCUCGACGAAGCUGAUCGACCUCGAACUGCUGGGAAGGGAACCCCGGGUCGGAAGCCGCCUCCAUUCCUCGGUCGACCAACCUCGACCAGCCCAUUCAAGUCCAUAAUGGCUCAAGUGGAGAGUGUCGAGCCUGCUAUACCCGCCAAACGUGCUCGACGCUCCGAACUCCAUGACGUAUCAGCCAGUCGACCCUCGGAACAGCCUCCAUCAGUACGCCCUACUACCCUACCACGCCCGGUUUCGAGUAGUCUCUUGUCACCUACCAAAGCGUCUCUGGCUAGAGCGACAACGAGCCAAAUUCCGAUCGCCUCCCCGAACAAAGCACAUUCGCUUACUCGCGCCACUUCAUCUAAGUCAUUGCGAGCUCCGUCGGCUGCGUCCGAUGGGAGACCUUCUGCUUCACAUGGAGAAAGUAGCACUGAACCCUCACUCGGGCUGCAACAGAAGGGAAGCAUACAGGUUGAAAGACCGCUCCCACCGUUGCCACGCGAGGAGCAUUCACCAUCAGUUGUCAACACUAUGCCGCGGUCAAGGUCGAUUGCAGAGAGUGCCGUGACAACCAAUGCAUCGGGCUUUUCUUCCAGACUUCCAAAAUUUUCUGGUCUGAAAUCUAUUCUUCGCCCUGGACGCAAAACCGACAUGUUGCCGUUGAUUGAUGAUAAGCAAGCUACACCUAAGCGUCCUAACACGGCCACGACGAAUGGCUCCCACAAGAAAGUUGACUUUACCCCUAGUGUCAAGUCUAGAUACGCUGUCAAACUGGCUGCUGGAAGUCCUAGCCCGGCUAAGCUGCCACACCUUACGCCAGGAAAGGCGCUGCCACCUGUUGUUCCCUAUGAUCCAGCUGCCUACACUGUCGAAGACGAAGAUGUAUGGGAAGAUGCAUCGAGUGAGAUCGAGUACCCAGCGUUACCGCACCCGUCCUCGAGCCCGGCCGCCCCUCCCAAGCUCGAUAACGCGUUCGCCGAAAAGGCCAAGGAACAUAACCGUCGCGAAUCAAAAGAGUUCAAGUCGAUCUUUACGACUUUGCAUCAUCCUUCUCGUUCCAGCGGCCCUUCGACCUUGACAUCUGUCAACACUAUGGUCAACAAAGCCGAUCCGACCACCCAUGCGCACGAUAUUACGCGGUCUCCUAGCAAUAGGAACUUCUUUAGCUUUUCCCCAUCAACGAUCCGGCGGGUCCGUUCCUCUGGUGUCACAGAUGUGGUCCAACCUUUCGAAGAUGCGGAGGUCAAGACCGUACCACAUGGAUUGCCUGGCAAGAAGCGCCGACGCGCGUCGACAGUCUCCGAUGAUCACCAAAGCACGGAUGAAGAAUCUAGCAAGGAGAAUCGACGCAUAUCAGUUAUGCCCAAUGUCCCCGGCGGUUGGGAAAAUAGCUCUCAUAUUAGCUGUGAAGAUGAGCAAGACGAGGGUGAGAAGCGAGGUGGAAAGCGGCUACGGACUGCCCCAGCAGCAGGAAACUUGUCGGACAAGACGAUUGCAGCAAAAACAUUGAGCCCGGUCAAGAAGCCAAGACAAAGUUCUGCACGCGAGAUGGCGAAGCAGAAUGCGAAAGAUCGCAAGAGUGGCCGCGGCAUUUUGAGUCUCAGUCGCUUGAAUAUGCUUGCUCGGCCUAAGCAGAGGAGCUGA